UUAAAAUUCGACGAUUGAAAAUUCCAGCAAUGUGUCUUGACAGUGGAGCUGAACCUGCAAUUUCUUUGGUAUCCGAUCAAAUUUCUCAAGAGGUCGAUAGUAAUGAGGGGGGUAAUGAACCAUUGGAGGAGGAAUGGCACGCUCCUGCAGACUUUAGCUUAGAUUCCGACAAUUCUACUUUAAAAAAAAAUGCAAUGAACUUGAAAAACGA